CACAAACUUAUCCUAAUUCCCCCCAAAUUACCCUAAUUCCCAAUUCCAAAUUGCAUCAACUCAGAUACAUCAACAACAAUUAACGUUGUUGCUUCUCCCUUUCCUUCCUUCCUCCGCACACAUCAUCCAUCAUCAACCUCUGAGUCUUCAUGGAGCCACCAUCACGGAGCACCCAGCCACCACACGAUCUCCCGCAAACCAGCACCACCGCCAAACCAGUUCAAACCUCCAUCUUCGCGUCGCACUAUCGCUGUAGAUGAAUGGGUUGAUGAUGAUUUUGAUCUAGGUUUUCGAUUUGUUCCUUUGAUGGAGGGGGGAGUGGGAGAUGAAUGGGUUGAUAAUGAUUCCGAUCUGGAUCUCGGUCAUGUGGGUCAAAGGUUCAAUGAAUCUGGAUCUGGCCGGGUUCAAUGAUUCAGAUUUGGAUCUUUUCUCUUUCUCUUUUGUUUCUAGGUUUUUUGAAUCUCAAACCCUUUCUUCUUCCCCUCUUUUCUCUUCUCUACCUGUUUCUUUUAUUUCAAAAAUGUUGGGUUUUUCUGCCGGAGAGUUGGCCAAGCCUGCCGUCUCCGAGGGGACCAAGAAGUUCACAAGUUCUUGAACUAACAAGAACAAUCUUGUAGAUUCCUUGCUUUCUGGUGUUUGGCGUGUGUUGAAUUUUGGUGUUUGCUUUCACAAAUUGGAUCUAGGACUUUCUAUGAACUCAUGUUAUUGAUUAAAGGUUUGAUAAAAAAAAGUUGGGUUUUUAAUUUUCCUGGGACGGUGGGUAUAAUGGUUUUGAAUUUUGAUUGAGAUUUAUCACUUUGACAAAGGGGAAGAGGAAGAUGAAUGGGUUGAUGAUAAAGAGGGGAAGAAGAAAGGAUUUGAGUGGACGGUUCUGGACUUGAUUUUUCUGGGUUAGAAUGAUGAAGAUAGACUGGUGGAUGAUGAAGGAUUUUGGGUUUGUUAAAAAAAAAAUUGAAAUGGGGGUUUGUUAAUUAGAUUAGGGUUAAUUUUGUUAAUUUAUUUUAUUUUUGUUAAUUUAAUUUAAUUUUCUGAUGUGUUAAUUUUUUUAUUUUUUUUAAAUCCACGUAAGUGUUAUUAGUCCAGUCAGCAUGCCAAAUCAUCACUCGCCGGAGCUCUGGGCUCCGGCGAGUACUAGCUCCAGACGUUUUGCAAAAAUGGGGACGUAUUCCACAAAUUUUUCCGGUGAGGGACUUAGAUCAGACGGCGAGACAAAGACAGGGACUAAUUUGAGGAUUAAGCCUAUAAAAUAAACACCGAUUCGGAUUUGGGUUGUCACCCCAAACCGCAAUGUCCUGCACAACGACGUCGUUGAACACCAGUAAAAUAUAACAGUAGCGUCGUUUCCAGAGAAUCGAAAUUGGAAGAAGCAGAAAGCAAAGCGAGGAGAAUGGCACCCCCUAAACCCAAAGGGGCCACUCAGGGGAACGAUUCCAAGAUUCUAUUCUUCUCCAUUCUCCUCGCUUUCCAAUACGGUGCUCAACCUUUGAUCGCCAAACGCUUCAUCAGCCGUGAUGUUAUUGUGACUUCAUCAGUUUUGACAUGUGAGAUUGCAAAGGUUAUCUUUGCAUUGUUUAUCAUGGCAAAAGAUGGCAGUCUGAGGAGAGUGUAUAAAGAAUGGACUUUGAUUGGUGCGUUGACGGCAUCAGGACUUCCUGCUGCUAUAUAUGCACUGCAAAAUAGUUUGUUGCAAAUUUCUUACAGGAAUCUCGAUUCACUCACAUUCUCGAUGCUGAAUCAGACAAAGAUAUUUUUCACUGCAUUCUUUACAUAUGUCCUAUUAAGGCAAAAACAAUCAAUUCAGCAAAUUGGGGCCUUGUUCUUGUUAAUAGCUGCAGCAGUCCUUCUAAGUGUUGGUGAAGGCUCUAGCAAAGGUUCUCCGGGUAGUAAUGCUGAUCAAAUUUUAUUCUAUGGAAUUGUUCCUGUAUUAGUUGCUUCGGUGCUUUCUGGACUGGCUUCUUCCCUGUGUCAAUGGGCCUCUCAGGUUAAGAAACACUCAUCAUACUUGAUGACUAUAGAAAUGUCUAUCGUUGGAAGUCUAUGUUUGCUGGCCAGUACUUUGAAAUCUCCAGAUGGGGAAGCUAUGAGGCUACGUGGAUUUUUUUAUGGUUGGACUCCUCUAACUUUGGUCCCAGUAAUUUCCAAUGCCCUUGGUGGAAUUCUUGUUGGUUUAGUUACCAGCUAUGCUGGUGGUGUUCGAAAGGGUUUUGUCAUUGUUUCUGCUUUACUCGUUACAGCUUUGCUACAGUUCAUUUUUGAAGGAAAACCACCUUCGUUGUACUGCCUUGCGGCUCUUCCAUUAGUGGUCAGUAGCAUUUCAGUAUACCAGAAAUACCCUUACCGAGUUAAGAAGAAGGAAUCAUGAAAUUUGACCACUAUAGUAUGGGAAAAUUAUUUCAUUAGUUCCCCAAUGAUACUGCAUUGUAUUUUAUCCAGAAUAUAUAAGCAUCUUGUAAAUUAUAGAAGGCAAGCAUUCUUUCCAGUGUCUUCUUGUUCUCAAUAGAAUUAGAAUAUUACACGGAGCUUUCAUUCUUUUCUCUUUAUAUGUUCUGGAACUUUUGAAUGAGGCAUUUAUUUUGGUCUCCUCAUGGUGUGGAUAACAAGACAAAGAUGGCUCAAUUUGAAAUUUAUGUUGUAGAGCAUAAUGACUGUUACCUUUGAUGACAAUUAAAUUUAAGCACAGUAACAUUUAUUUUAUUUAA